AUGAUUUCGUUCAUUCAACUUACGAACCAACCAAUCAUCAUCAUUUCAACCAUGUUGACCACGUUGACCUUUCUCUUUACUGCCAACGCUGCCUUUCUAUUGGGUUUCAAACUUCAGCCAGAGAAUCUUGCUUUCAAAGCAACCGUGGCUCCUGUUGGUGUUACUCUCAAUGAGGGCGUUUCAUCGCCAACCAAGCCAUCGGUUUCGCUGAACUUGAGCUUUGAGAUUCACCCUCAAGCCAUUCUUGAUCUCUUUGAAACUGUUACCACUGAAUGCCAACAAAUUUACAAGGUUUACGAGCCAGUUGCAAUCGAUCUACUCAACACUGCAUCUGAUCAGCUCGCACGAGCCUACGAGAAAUACCAACCAAUUGCAUGGGAACUGUUUGACGAAACCAUUCGCCCACUUGCAUUGGAUCUGCUUGACAUUAUCUCUACUGAAUUCCAGCAAUUUUAUGGAUUUUUCACCGAAGACGUGUCAGUUCCCUACGAUGCUGCUACUAUUGGCAAUCAGUCUUUUGUCAUUUGCCGACAAGCAAGCUGCUCCUGCAGUACCAACGGUGAAGACGAAUCAUCAUCUCACCAGCAAUGUCACCAAUCUAACAAACGUCGUCAAAUUGGACAUUAUGCGGAAAUCCAAGUUUCUCAUGCGCCAUUGAGUAGUAUUGCUACCAAUCUCAGCAAAUAA